UCCCCCUGCCUCUGUCCCUCGCUCCGCUCCACAGCAUGUGAUGUGUGCUGUAUGUGUGUGUGAGUGAGAGGAGAGUGAGAGUGUGUGUGAGUCAGGAUGAGGAGUGGAGUGUGUGUGUGGACCUGCUGGGUGCUGCUUCUGCUGCUGGGGGUAGGAUGGGUACAGGGACAAGGCCAGACCAACUUCACAAGGCCCGUGUUCCUGUGUGGGGGUCACCUGGUGACUGACUCAGGCUUCGUCGGCAGCGAGGGAUUCCCCAAUUUCUACAAGCCCAACUCCAAAUGCACCUGGUACAUCAGCGUCCCAGAGGGCCAUGUGGUCAUGCUGCAGUUCCGCGUCUUCGACCUGGAGGCCGACCCCACGUGUCGCUAUGACUACGUGGACGUCUACAAUGGCCACACCUACACCACCCAGAAGCUGGGCCGCUUCUGCGGAACCUUCCGGCCCGGAGCCAUCAUUUCCACCUCCAACCUGAUGAUGGUGGAGAUGAUGUCCGACGGCAGCACCGGCGGCAGGGGAUUCCUGGCCUACUUCAGUGGCGGGAAACCGCAUGUGGACGAGAACCAAUUCUGCGGGGGCCGCCUCACCAAGGCCCAGGGGUCUGUGAAGACCCCGAACUGGCCCGAGUCUGACUACCCAGCAGGCAUCAGCUGCUCGUGGCACGUCACCGUGGAAACCAACAUGGUGAUCGAAGUGAGAUUUGAAAAGUUGGAUGUGGAGCCUGACGUGUACUGUCGCUAUGACUACGUCGCCCUCUUCAACGGCGGGGAGACGGAUGACUCACGCAGGAUAGGGAAGUUCUGUGGGGACGAGGUACCUGAGCCAGUGGUAACCAAUGCCAAUGAGCUCCUGAUCCAGUUUGUGUCCGACCUGAGUGUCACCAAGGCUGGCUUCAUGGCCCACUAUAACGCUGUCCCCCGGGGCUCACGGUCCCCGACCAGGGGCAUCGACCGCGCCCCGGGACCUCGUGUGGAGACUGGCCCCAUCAUCCCCACCCCUACCUGGCCAAACCGACCGGCGCGACCCACCCCCAAACCCGCCAUCCCAGACGGACCCAUCCGACCGAUUCGACCCAUACCCAGGAGGCCCACGCCGAAGCCCCGGGUUCCGACCACUCCCAAGCCCAAGCCGACGCGGCCGACCCCCAAACCACCAGCCGUGAGACCGGCACCCAAACCCAGACCCACACCAAAACCCAAGCCUACGCCCAAACCUAAAAUCAAACCCACACCAAAACCCAAACCAACGCCAAAACCUAAAGUAAAACCUACACCGAAACCGAAAGUAAAACCUACGCCAAAACCUAAGCCUUCGCCGAAACCUAAGCCUACGCCAAAGCCUAAACCUAAACCGGCCGCUAAACCUAAACCGACACCUAAGCCUAAACCCACACCCAAGCCAAAGGUGAAGCCUACCCCCAAGCCGAAGCCCAUCAAGCCCACCAGGAAACCGGGCACGAGGCUGGUGGUGAAGCCGGAAAGGCCUACGCCCAAGCCCAGGGUCAGGCCCACUCCCAGGCCAGGCACCGGGGCAGGGACGGGGAACAGGCCACCUGUAGUCAAGCCCACCAGGAAACCUGUGGCAACAAAUCCCCUGUGCACCGCGGUCUGCAAGAGAGAAGGCACCAUGCAGUCCAGCUUCUGCCCCAGUCACUUCGUGAUGACCGCUAGGGUGACAUCGGUGACCCCCGGUCCGCAGGACAGCGUGCAGGUGGAUCUGACCGUCAUCAAGAUGUACAAGCAGGGAGCCCUGAAGGUCACCAAGAAAGGACCCACCAUGACCGUCACCCUCACCGCACCUUGCAAGAAGUGCCCCGCCAUCAAGAAAGGAGUGAACUACGUGAUCAUGGGGGAGGUGGAUGCUGAAGGCCAGGGCAUCCUGCGGCCCUCCAGCUUCGUGCUCCUCUACAAGCCGGUGCACGCCAAGGCCCUGGCCACCUACGCCAAGGCACAGUGCUGAUUGGAGGAUGCCAGGCCGGGCUAGGGUUGCCACCUCUGUUUGAUCAAAACCUGGACAUUUCAAACAUGGGCGGUUCUAGACAGGGGCCAGGGUGGGCCAGGGCCCCUGUAGAUUUCCUCCUAGCCCCUGUUGUGGCCCCUGUGCUGAACUGCCAAUGACCGCAACAUGAUAUACAUUUUUUGUAUAUUAUAUAUUCAAAACAAUAAAAAUGUAUCUCUUUUAGCAAUUUGUGUGCCCCCCUGAAAAAAUAAUGGUCCCACCUUGGCCCCCUUGGUAAUUUUGGUCUAGAAUCGCCCCUGAUUUCAAACUCAAUCAACCUUUUUUGCUUGUAUGCAAUGGCAUCCUUCAAUCAGUGUCCAGGAAAGUAUCUUUUUCCGGAACGGACCAUUAAAAACCGGGGCAAUCAGGGAAAGCCGGGGCAGGUGGCUGGUGAGCCUGGGUUGACAGCAAGCAUGUGUACAUCUAUGGAACUGGGUGUUUCUUGUCAAAGAAUGAAAGUGUAAAAACCAAAGAGUGUAAAGAAGUGCACCUAUCAUCACUAUACUCUUGGUGUACCCUGUUUGAGCACCUCACUUAUUUGUGCAAGUGGAAUAAGCACCACAUUGGUAAAAUAUAAGAUUGACAUCCAUUUCUGAGUAUGUCAUAAAAUGUAGCCUAUACAACUCCUGUCAUUUUACUAUUGUAUUUUUAUACAUUUUAAGAUAAUGAUUUGUAACUGUUGGGUCGCUUUGACGUUUAUAAGUUAUGAUGGAGCUUAAAGUAAAAUUGUAAGAAAAUGGAAGUGGAAUAAAAUGGAGUUUCUUU